UUUCAGUCCCACUCGUAAUUAGGUGGUAGAAGUUUGGCUAUGCAGUGUAAAGUGUUUUGUUAGUGACUAAGAACUGAGUGACAGUUAAAAAAACUUGUUUUAGUGUUUUAUUAAUAUAGUAUGGUGUCAUAUUACGGACAAUCUGCCGGAAUGUAUCAUCAACAGCAAAUUUCGGGCAAUGGACAUUUCCAAGCGAAUUCAUCCAUGCACCCGUGGUACUCAGCGGCGGGGUACCGCCAGACUCCUCAGCUGGGAUCAGCUCCGCCGGGAGCGUACUGCGAAGAGCAGCAAAUGUGGCACCAUCAUCCGGCGCAUCAUAGUGUGUUCCAGCAUGACAUUCCGGACUUUUUGCAUUCGGGAAUACCUAUGUUGCAGCAUCCGCAACACCAGUUAGAUCCGGAAAGCCAGCUUCCGUCGCCACCGAUUACGGGAAGUGAUAUUUCUAGUCCUGGGGGACAGAGCGGGAAUAUAUCGCCUCAUAACAACCACGGUCAUCAAAGUAGGCCGACACCUGCGAGGAGUCCAUAUGAGUGGAUUAAGAAGACGUCGUACCAAUCUCAACCCAAUCCUGGUAAGUGA